UUUAAUUGUAAAUAGGUAGUUUAUAUAUAUUGUAACACCUGCGGUUGAGUUAAGUGGCCUGUUAGAAAAAUUAUUGAGGUUAUGUUGUAUAAAUUGGUUUUGGUUCGAUUAUUGGUAAACAUUUGCUUUCCUUAAAAGAAAUAAUAAUUUUUGCUAGCACAUCUUAUUUGAGAAGUUAUGUAGUAUUAUAUUUUAUUAUGAAAAUAGAUCUGUAUUCCACUAGUGUCCGUAUUCCAUCUCUCGUCUUAGGUGUAUGAAUAUUGAGUAAAUUCAUAAGAAAUAUGUCAUAUACUUAAAUCAAAAAUUUAUAGAGAUAUGCACGUGCAUAACAAUAUACCCUAUUAGCAAUAAAAUAGGACUGGUCUAUAAGAAAGUUAGAUUUUCGCAUAUUUCGGGUAUUUUUGGUGGUCAGCGUGCGCUAAUCCCUGACCAGGUGUUGCCAAAUGUUGUGACCGCAGGCCUAGGUAGCUCGCGUCUAUCCAUUGUACCUGCCAACGUUUCUAAUCCUUUUUGCAGCCCAUAUCGUAUAUGGUACAAAUAAAUAUUUGAUAUAAAUCGGGUUUGACAAGUUUGCAGCUGUCAGUGGCAUUUGAGCUGGCGAAGCACAAAGAUCAUCACAGAAGAUAGCGAAGAUAGCGCAGCAUGGGCAACGUACUGGAAACGAAAAUGUCCUGCGAGAGGCCGGUGGCUGUGGUCCAACCCAUGCCAGCGGAGGACCCGGCGUCUCCCAGGGACGAAGUGGAGGCGUGUCCUAAGGCAAAUGUCACCUUGCAGUUGUUUAACUAUCGCCAGCAAAUGGCGCUCAAGGAUCAACAGGUGGUCAAGUGGGCCACAUCGAAGCUGUUGCUCACCGAGGAGCUGCUCAAGCAACAGGAUCUGCCGCAGCAGCAGCAGCAGGAACAACACCAACACAAGCAGCAGCUUGACAUGCCGGACCUGAGCAUCGAUGAGGACGACGAUGCUGCGUGGGCGGAACGCCAAUUGGCCAUGUUAACGGAUGACGAGGAUGAUGUCGAGAAUGUUGAGAACCUGACGCCCAUGGACCAGGGAUUGGGCAUUGAGCUGAACCACCUCAUCAAAUACAGACUAAAGCUCCGCAACACCAUCGUCGAGGUGGCCCAGGAGAAGAUGCGCAAGCGUGAGAAGACGAAGCUGAAGCGUUUGAAACGCCGCACUCUCAUCUCCUCGAAGAAGCCCAGCAACAAGGACAAGCAUCGGCGCUCAUAUUAGAGAGAUAGAGUUAGAGAUCCAUUAUUCUUUGUAUAUAUGUUUGCAU